CGCGUUACACCGACGCAGAGCCUACGGCGUAGAUUCUGCGUCGGUGUGACGCGGGACCAUGAAUCAGGCUUUAGUGCAGCUAUCAGCCGCUCAGCUCCCCCGGCCCUGGGGAGUGUGGGGGGGCAGGAGAACCAGAGGAAACGUGGCAAUAAGCUGCUCUUGCAGCGAUGCUGUGGUGCAGGAUGGGGGAGCAGUACUACCGAGAUGCCCUGGAGCAGUGUCACAACUACAACGCCCGGCUCUGUGCUGAGAGGAGCGUUAGGAUGCCGUUCCUGGACUCCCAGACCGGUGUGGCUCAGAGUAACUGCUACAUCUGGAUGGAGAAGAGACACAGGGGACCAGGCAUGGCUCCAGGGCAGCUGUAUACCUACCCAGCCAGGAGGUGGAGGAAGAAACGGAGAUCUCAUCCUCCGGAGGACCCUCGGCUCAUCUUCCCUCCUGUCAAGUCAGAGGUAGAUUUAGGCCUGAAGAAGGACUCUCUGUUGUCGUCAGACGGCAGCAGUCUGGAGGCCCUGCUGAAAGGAGAAUCUCUGGACAAACGGACAGCUGCAGACGUCCGCGCGUCCGAGGACGAUUCAAAUCAGAGCGACUACACCGGAAGCCUGAACCCAGCCUCCCGGAUCAGAAAGAGAAUCAUUGAGCCAGAGGACUUCCUGGAUGAUCUUGAUGAUGAAGACUACGAAGAAGACACGCCCAAAAGAAGAGGCAAAGGAAAAGGGAAGGGGCGAGGAGUCGGCAGCAGCAGGAAGAAGCUGGACACGGCAGCGCUGGAGGACAGAGACAAGCCCUUCGCCUGUGACAACACUAUCAAACAAAAGCAUUUUUCAAAAUCUUCUGAAAGAGUCUGUGGGAAACGCUACAAGAACCGCCCCGGCCUGAGCUACCACUACGCUCACUCCCACCUGGCCGAGGAGGAGGGCGAGGACAAGGACGACAUGGAAAUCCAAGAGCCCGUCUUGCCUCCGCCCGAGGAGACGAAGACAGCUCCCAAGAAAGGUCCAGAUGGGCUCGCUCUGCCUAAUAACUACUGUGAUUUCUGCCUGGGAGACUCCAAAACCAACCACAAGACUGGCCAGUCAGAAGAGCUGGUCUCCUGUUCUGACUGUGGGCGCUCAGGCCACCCCUCGUGCCUGCAGUUCACUCCGGUAAUGAUGGCUGCUGUGAAGACGUACCGCUGGCAGUGCAUAGAGUGCAAGUGCUGCAACAUGUGUGGCACUUCAGAGAAUGACGAUCAGCUUCUGUUCUGUGAUGACUGUGAUAGAGGCUACCACAUGUACUGUCUUAACCCCCCCAUGGCUGAACCUCCAGAAGGGAGCUGGAGCUGUCAUCUAUGUCUGGAACUGUUGAAAGAGAAGGCCUCCAUAUACCAGACCCAGAACGCCCCCACGUCGUGAUACCCACCCAGCCUGCUCACCCAGCACCCAGCUGUCACCGGUUCACCUGGUUCACCCUCAAUACACGACAAACUCCUCCAACAUCCAGUCUAGCCUGACCACCGGGGAGAGGGAGUAUAUCUCAGCAGGAUAGCUCAGUUAGGGUCUGUGUACUUCGCAGCCAUCCGUUUUUUGUUUUGAAAUGACAAAAUAAAAA